AUGGUGUACGUAAUGUGGCAGAUCAGACCAAAAAAUGAAGUUGUCGACGUAUCAUCCUUAUAUGCGGGUGCACCCACAUGGUUUAGUAUUAAGCUUCAUCAUGGUGGGAAGUUUACUAAGUUACCUGACAUAAAGUAUACUGGAGGUGAAGUGCGUUAUGUUGAUUAUGUGGACAUAGAUGAGUUUUCUGUACAUGAACUUGAUGCCAUAAUGCUUGACCUAGGUUACCCAGACCCACGGAUGAUUGAAUUGAGUGUUGAAUCCCCAGUGAUAUACUACCAUUUCAGGAUACCCAAUGGUGACUUUCAAUUUGGUCUUAGAGCUUUAGGGAAUGAUCAGGAUGUUAUCAAUCUUUCUAAAUUUAUUCAAAAUAACAAGUUGAUUGAAGUGUACACAGAACAUGGGAAGACAAAUCUACUCACAUACUUCAUGUCUCCAAAUGCAAAGGGUAAAGUUGUCAUUGAGGAAUUACCAGAAAAUGAUGAUCAAGGGGCUAAAUAUGAGGCUGAAGUUCAUGUAGAAUCUCCAUUGAGAAAUAUGAACCAUGUCAAUGAUGAACCAAUUGGUGAGUACAUGUCUUUGAUUCUUUUUGGGAGUAAAACUGAUGCAUUCUCUCCAGAGUAUAGAAGGGGUAGAGUUGGGAAUUCAAAAAGAGAGGAAGGUUCUUGUAGCAAGAGGCUUAAUUUAGAGGAUAUUGAUGAUUUAAAAGAGAAGGAAAACACUAAUGAGGGUGUUAAGGAGGUUCAUGAGGCUGCAACUGUUGUUGAAGGAUGCUACAAUCCAUUUACUUCAAAUAUUGCUAAUGUAGGGGAUGAGAUGAUUGGGGUUCAUGAUAAUGACCAUAUUGAUGGAUGCUACAACACCCCACCCAUUAAUGAUGAUGAACAAUAUAAUGAACUUUUUGACAACCUUAUGGAAAAUUUAAAUGGAAGUGAUGAGUAUGUUGAAGAGUAUGAAGGGGAUGUUGAAUCUGAAGAGAGUGAUGAAGAGUAUGAAAAGGAUGAAGGUGAUGAUCAUGAUGGGAAACAAUCAGAAAAUGAAGAUAAAGUGGAUGACAUAAUGGAUGAGGAGAACAAUAUAGAAGAUGUUGAUGUGGACAUGGCAGACUUCUUUUAA